CUCUCUUUCUCUCUCACACACACACAGACACACCCUUACAUGUUUCUACCAUCGUGAAUGAAUUCUAGGUCACGUUUAUGAUGUUAACCAGAUAUUCCAACCACUAUGUAUUGAUAUGACUCUAAAAAGAAAAAGAUUUCUGAAAGCAUUUUGCAAGGCAUUUAUAGAAGUAAGAGAUGUGUUUUCAUUUUAUCACCACAACCUCCAGUAAAAAUUGGAGACUAUUAUUCCUGGAGACUUCAGAAUUUUCUUUGGAAAUAUCCCCCAAUUCAAAAGGAAGUCUGACACAGCCUCAUAAAAAUCUAUGUCUUAAUAGGUGCUGUGUCACUGAAAACCACUGAAAAGACAGGGUUAAGAACACAAAGUGAGCUGCACACCAUAUAUGGAGAAACCCGUUUCUUAAAACUAGUGAUGAACUCAUGCUCUGUUCUGUUUUCUCAAAGCUGAAGUCGGCUAGGUUUGCAAAGCUGCGGGCUGAGCACUCAGGCAAUCACACUCUCAGAAACUGCGGCGGCUCUGGACUGCAGCCUCCCAAGGCUCCAUGCCAGACAAAGCAUGCGUGUCACACUUGCUACAAUAGCCUGGAUGGUUUCUUUUGUCUCCAGUUAUUCACACACAGCAAAUCUUUUGCCAGAUAUCGAAAAUGAAGAUUUCAUCAAAGACUGCGUUAGAAUCCAUAACAAGUUCCGAUCAGAGGUGAAACCAACAGCCAGUGAUAUGCUAUACAUGACUUGGGACCCAGCACUAGCCCAAAUUGCAAAAGCAUGGGCCAGCAAUUGCCGGUUUUCACAUAAUACACGGCUGAAGCCACCCCACAAACUGCACCCAAACUUCACUUCACUGGGAGAGAACAUCUGGACUGGGUCUGUGCCCAUCUUUUCUGUGUCUUCCGCCAUCACAAACUGGUAUGACGAAAUCCAGGUCUAUGACUUCGAGACUCGGAUAUGCAAAAAAGUCUGUGGCCACUACACUCAGGUUGUUUGGGCAGAUAGUUACAAAGUUGGCUGCGCAGUUCAAUUUUGCCCUAAAGUUUCUGGCUUUGAUGCUCUUUCCAAUGGAGCACAUUUCAUAUGCAACUACGGACCAGGAGGCAAUUACCCAACUUGGCCAUAUAAGAGAGGAGCCACCUGCAGUGCCUGCCCCAAUAAUGACAAGUGUUUGGACAAUCUCUGUGUUAACCGACAGCGAGACCAAGUCAAACGUUACUACUCUGUUGUGUAUCCAGGCUGGCCCAUAUAUCCACGUAACAGAUACACUUCUCUCUUUCUCAUUGUUAAUUCAGUAAUUCUAAUACUGUCUGUUAUAAUUACCAUUUUGGUACAGCACAAGUACCCUAAUUUAGUUCUUUUGGACUAAUACAAUCCAGGAAAGAAAAAACCCAAAAACCAACCUUAUUCACAUAUGGCUUUUUUUUAACCAAUAACAAUUAGGUGUAUUUCUAUUUUAAAACAUUUCAGAAAAAAAUUAAUGUUACAGCAAUACUCUUACUCAGAAGAAGAAACUUCCUAACUCUAUCAGAUAAACUCAUCUUUACUAUAAAUAAGCAUUGUUUGCAGGUUGCCACAGGUGGACUGUAACCCAUGUUUCAGCUUCCAAAUCUGCAAAAUGAGCAAGGUACAGUAGCACUUUUUUAGGUGAUUCUUAGCUCCAGUAGCCUUCAUUAGUUAAAAACAUUAUUAUCUUUUGCAUGCUGCUUUGACUCUAAAUAUCUGGUUUUCUCUGUCUUUUUGGUUUACCACUUCCCCAGAUUCAGAACAGAGGAGUAACUAGGGGAUCUGAUUUUAGAGGCCUUAAUUUUCUGUUCAUGGACUGCUUUUUCAAAAGCGAUAAACCUAAAUAUUUACUUGUUAUCAUUAGAGAGGGAGCAUCAAAUGCUGGGACAUCAUUAUAUUUGAAGACUAACCAAUAGCAUCAGACACUGGAUUUAAUGGAUAAUCACAAUGGUCGUAGCGUAUACAGACAUAUGUACCACUUUCUAGUAUAAAUUUUUCAAAAAAUACAAUAAUAAUUUAUAAAUAACACUCUUCUAUGAACCACCACCACCACCAAAAAAAAAAAAACAAAAAACCCCUCAGAAAAUUUCUCACAAAUAAGGCAACUAAUGCCUGGUAUCUCGAAAUCCUUUACAAAAGGAGAUAGUUCUAGUCAAGGAGUUUUGGGUAUGUUACUUUUUUUUCUUCUUUUUCUUUUCAUCUGCCUCCAUCUUAAGCGCAAUUUCUUCAGCUGUAAGAGCUCCCAGUUUCUUAUUCUUUGCUUUCUUAACCUUUUCCUUGAUGCUGGCCACAUCAAUUUUAGUUUCAGUAGAAGCUAGACAAAUUAAAAGCACAAUACAUGUAAUACUUUAGAUUUUACCAAGUAAAACAAAUAAUACAUGUUUAAGGCAGUUAACUUCAGAGUACUCUUAUAAUCGAAAGAUCACAUAUAAAAUAUAAAAACACCUGCCUAACGCAGAAAUUUCUUCAGACUAACAUAAAACAAAUCAUAAAAUACUUUAAAUAUAUAUUAGUACAAGUAUACAUAAAAAUGGCAUAAAUGGCAUAAUUGAACCAAUUACUGGAUUCAACUAUAUUAAGACUAUUUCCUUAAGUCCUACUUCAGACUCAAUUAUUUUACCUACAUUCUUUUCCAUAUUUUGGAACUUCUGAGUCCUCAUUAUUUUCCAUCUUGCACAUUAAAAUAAUUUAAAAUUACAUGUAUCCCUUCUCAAUAAGUUUUAUCAGCUAACCAUGAGCUAGAGGUCAAAAUCUACUUCCUCUAGUAUCAAAACCCAAAUUUUCCAAAUAUUAAUGAAUUAAUUCAUUGAAUAUUAAUUCAAUGAAUGACUAAUAGUAUUUUAACAAGAUUUUGGUAUACUAACAACAUUUUGGUAAUAAAGACAAUAAUUUGGGAGUAUUUGGAAGUCCCCCUAACAGAACCCAACUAUCUAAUCAAUGCCAAAAGUGUGAACAAAAUAGAGAAAGGAAGCAGUAAAGAAGAAUGCAACUUUUUCUUACCAUUCAAAGUACAGUAUCACAGCAUAAAAUAAUGUACAAACUACCCAGCAACCUGAGAAGCACAGAGCAUUAAAGCCUCCGCCGUGUGGAGAAACUACAUUAGGGUAACUAGCUAUUAAGGACCUUCAAAGCACUCAACUGACAGGUUGUACAAACUGGAAAUUAUAAUACUUAUGACAUUUCUACCUUUUAUAUAACCAAUAAUCUACCAAACUGGAAAUUAUAAUACUUAUGACAUUUCUACCUUUUAUAUAACCAAUAAUCUACCAUAGAAUAUAGUAUUUUUAAAGCUAUUAACAAGCAAUAUAUUAAAAUAAUAAUGUAUUAAUCUGUUUCUGAUCAAGUCUAUGUACAAUAUUGCUGGUGAGCCCUCUCCCCUCAGUGUGUCACUGUUCACUCUGGAGGGCUACUUUAGGAAGAGGACAAGUGUUACCACAGGGGAAAAAAAUGCAGAGGAUGCAUCAGAAGAAAUGAAGAAAUGGCAUGAGAAUGUUUUCUCUUAGUAUCUUUUAAAUACUAGGUUAGUGCAAAAGUGAUUUCUGCCAUUUAAAAACCACACUCAAUCAAUCACUUUGCACUAAUAGCUCCUGAAUAGGACCUGUCAGCAUCCUUUAGUCUAAGGUGAUGAGAAAUCCAUGUUACCAAUAUAGAAGCCAAACUCUAAGCCAAGAUUACAUAAAGAGAAGAAAAAGUACAACUUCUGAUAAUUUCUCUUUGAGAGGCAUGACAGCAGAGCUCAGGGAUCUUCUUGCAUUUCUACAGAAGAUGCACUGGCUGUCCUGGGUUUGUAUCUUUCACAACAAAGAGUCUUUCCCAAGCACAGACCAGAGGUCAGGAGAGGUUUGCACUGAAAUAGGCAUUAGCUGCCUCUAAAUUAUAAAUUAUCUCAGUCAUCCCUUGUCCUUAGGAUUAGUAAUUAAUGAAAUGCUAAGAGAACUGAUGAAAAGAUACAACUGUUUCUUAAAGAGAUUCCGACAAAUUUACUAUGGGUUUACUUUUCCUAAUUAAUAAAGACUUUUACAUCACAGAAAGCAUUACCUUCCUUAGGUUUCACAAUUGGUUUUUCUUUAGGUGGAAUAAAUGCUUUGUUUCUUUCCUCUUGUCUCUUACUGAUGGCUUCUGCUUGUUUAGCCUACAUUAAUAAAUAAAAAAUACAUUAGUUAAAUGUAUUUAUAGUUAAAUAAUUCAAGUAUCUAUGAACUUUGCUAUUAAUGUUGUGAGCCAGACAUAAAAUGCCUUACCUUUAUUGCUUCCAUUUUCUGCCGCUUCUUCUGAUUUGCCUUCAAAAAGUAUUCACCACUAGCCAAUUCUUUAUCAAUCUGUUGAAAAUGGUAUUUAUAUCAGAAAUAAUGUAGAGGAGACGUCAUGUCCUAAGCAAGUCACAAUAUCCUUAGGGUAAAAACAAUGAGGUCAAACUCUGAUUUAUUAAUAAAAAUGGUUGGUAGUAACAUAAAGGAAAGAGUCUAAGCUGAGGGGAAUACAUGCACAAAAGUGUGAAGGUAGGAAAGCACCUCCAUGGAAUACAACCCAGAGUAGUUCAGGGAUACGGCAUGGAAGGUCACUGAUUCAGAAAAGUGUAAGAAGAAACUGGAGAGAGAGUUUUGGGGAAAAUUUGAAGAAGCUUCAAUGGCAGACAAAGUAGGAGGGAUAAGAUUUAGAAAUGACUGUAGGUUUCUGAGAAGCCUGAAAAGACCAAAGCAUAAUUUUAAUGGAGAGGAAUGAAGAAUAGAUGAGAGCCUGGAAUAAAGGUAGUGGCAUGCAGAAUAAAAGCCAGAACUAUCA